AGCGGCCGCGCGGGGUUUAAAUGCUGCCACGGAGUAGGGCUGCGCGAGUUUCAACUGCAGGGUGGAGCGCCAUGGCGCAGUUCGUGUUUGAGGCGGACCUGCACGGGCUGCUGAAGCUGGACACGCCGAUCCCUAACGCGCCGCCCGCGCGGUGGCAGCGCAAGGCCAAGGAGAGUGGCGCACCCGGGCCCAGCCCUGCCGCCGGCAUGUCACCCAUGAAGCCGGCCAAUCGCUCCCACAGCUCCAGCAAGACGCCGUCCAGGACACCUGGUAAAUCUGGAUCCAAAAUCCAGAGCACUCCAACAAAGGCUGGGGGGGAUCGCUACAUUCCCAACCGGAGCACUAUGCAGAUGGAGGUGGCAAAUUUCCUCCUAACCAAAGAGAAUGACCCUGCUGAGGAGUCCCCUACCAAGAAGGAGCAACAGAAAGCCUGGGCAGUGAAUCUGAAUGGCUUUGAUAUAGAAGAGGCAAAGAUACUCCGCCUCAGUGGAAAGCCACAGAAUGCUCCAGAAGGCUAUCAGAAUAACCUGAAAGUGCUCUACAGUCAGAAAAUGACACCUGGAUCCAGCAGGAAGAAUGGCAGAUACAUUCCCUCAAUGCCAGACCGGAUCCUGGAUGCACCGGAAAUCCGCAAUGACUAUUAUUUGAAUCUCAUUGACUGGAGCUCUCAGAACUUCCUGGCAGUGGCUCUGGACAACUCUGUCUAUCUAUGGAAUCACACCUCUGGGGAGAUAAUCCAGCUGCUGCAGAUGGAGCAUCCAGAUGAUUAUGUUUCCUCUGUGUCAUGGAUCAAAGAAGGAAACUACCUUGCUGUUGGCACAAGUAAUGCUGAGGUCCAGCUAUGGGACAUACAGCAGCAGAAACGUCUCCGAAAUAUGACCAGCCAUUCUUCCCGUGUGGGGUCCCUCAGCUGGAACAGCUACAUCCUCUCCAGUGGGGCACGGACUGGCCACAUCCACCACCACGAUGUCAGAGUGGCUGAGCAUCAUGUGGCCACACUUGCUGGCCACACACAGGAAGUGUGUGGACUCAAGUGGUCUCUAGAUGGCCGCUACCUGGCCAGUGGUGGCAAUGACAACCUGGUGAACAUCUGGCCAUGCACCCAGGGGGACAGUGGAGACUUUGCUCCUGUACAGACCUUCACUCAACACCAGGGUGCUGUCAAGGCUGUGGCAUGGUGUCCGUGGCAGUCAAAUGUUCUAGCCACUGGAGGUGGGACUAGUGACAGACAUAUCCGCAUCUGGAAUGUGUGUUCUGGCACUUGCCUCAGUGCUGUUGAUGCCCAUUCCCAGGUCUGUUCUAUCCUAUGGUCAACAAACUACAAAGAGUUCAUUUCAGGCCAUGGCUUUGCACAGAAUCAGCUGGUCAUAUGGAAGUAUCCAACGAUGGCCAAGGUCACUGAGCUGCGAGGUCACACUGCCAGGGUCUUAAACCUGACUAUGAGCCCUGAUGGUGCAACAGUGGCCUCAGCAGCUGCUGAUGAAACACUGCGGCUCUGGCGCUGUUUUGAGAUGGACCCCAUAAAGAAGAAGGAGAAAGAGAAGGCAAACAGUGCCAAAAGCAGCAUCAUUCACCAGGGCAUCCGAUGAGUGUGCAGGGCUGUUGUGGGGAGGGGGGGGAAUUUGGCUUAUAUACUGUACAGUAUUUUAAAUGUUAAUAAAUUGCUUCAAUUUGACUUUUUUUAAUUGAGUGUGACUGGAAAAAAAGGCCAUGGCUCACAGAACCAAGCUGUUC